AUGUUUUUCCAGGAACCUGUCGACUAUACCAAUAUUCUGAGAGGUAUAUCUGAAGCGUGUGAUGACUUAAACAAUUCAUCAAAUGAUCAACUGACAAACCAGUACUAUGGUUCUCUAUCCAACGAGGAAAAAGAUAUAUUUGAUCGUUUUUCUGAUGUUAAAUCUUUCGCAUGUGCCAUGAAAAAUCAAAAACUGUUCACGCUUCAGGAUUUAAAAGUAGUCGCGGAUUCAUUUAUUGAUUGUUCCAAUUUGAUCGCACUUAAUUCAACGAUAGUAAAGUUUUCAUAUGAAUGGGUCUACAGUGAGAAUGUUUGUGUUCUCGAACGUUUAAAAUCUGUAAAAUCAGACAACUCAAUAGAUGUGGAAGGUCUCAAAAAAUACGUGACAGCUUACUUAGUAUGGAGAAAAACUGUUACUGAUGUUGAAAAAGUAUACAAAGUGCUUGAUAUUUGCGGUAACAAAAGUAAGUUUUCUGUAGCACAGCAAUACUUGUAUAACCCUCAAACUUAUACCAAGUUUUAG